AUGUCUGCAGAUAUCACUAAGGACAUCGUUGCAAUUACAACUUCGUGUGAUUUAAUGGAGCCUAGUGUACAGAAUGGUGCCGUAGCUUCUAAACCUUUCAAUGGCUUAGACUCCGAGACUAUGCUCCCUUUUCCUUCUGGUACAGGUUCUCCAGUAACUUCUUUUCUUAAUUCCACCGAACCAGAAAUUGUGAAGGAUUUUGUUUCACGAAAUACCGAACACAUAUCCCGUCAACAGCGGUUACCCACAGAUAUUUCCCACCAAACCACUUCACAUCGGCCCAACCCUAACCUUAAUUUGCGGUACCGUAAUAUGCUAAAUUUUCCGAAAUAUCUCCAUAAGAAGAGCCUGGCAUUUGAGAAGCGGAUUAGACGAUCCGGUAUUAUAACCGACCCAACUUACACUCUUAAACUCUUGCAGAGCUUUCUCCAACCCUACAUUAAUCGUGAGAUUGAUGCAAUUAUCAAAAAAUACUCAAAGGACUUUCUGUCUACGGCGAUAGAGAAUAUCCGCUACAACUUGGGCGAGAGUGCGGUGUCCGAAGAUGUGUUGCAGCAUCUACAGUACAGUAUCAUGAAAGAUGCGACAGCUCAGUAUCUGGUCUCUGGCUACGAGUCCCCUUGUCUUUGUUCCCACCGUGCUUCUCCGGCGGUUGGUGUCACCAGCCCACAAACCAUUUAUCCCCCAAACCCUGCUUUAGCCACCUUAUCGAACCCCAUCUCAGCAACUGCGAACAGCACUACCUCCUCCUCUGCGGAUCUCCGACGCUCCGUGCUCCUUCGAUCCUCCGCUCGUCAUCUCCAUCGGCGUACCACUAGCAAUAGCGUCAAUCUUACUUCUCCCUCUCAAAAGGCUCCUAAUUUGGCCACAACAUCACCUCUUCCCUCCUCCCACAUGGGACUCGGGCUCUUACCGUCAGAAGGAGGAGGAGGAGGGCAAAGUAUUGAAGUAGAGCAUGAGUCAUCUCCGUUCCUUCUGCUGGAUGAAAACACUAGAAGACCUACUCCAUCUUUGAAGAGACGUAGGAGGCAUACUGGGGUUCUUGACAAUUUGACACCGCUUAAUGGAUCGCCAAUGACCGAUGGAACUCAUUCGGUGAGUGAUUGA